AUGGGUGUCCCAUAUGUGACUGUGGCUAUCGCUUAUCUUAUUUACAUGGGUAAGACAUCUUACGUUUUUUAUGGCCGUAUUAUUGUAUGUCCAUUACCGGUUCCAAACUGUAAUGUGGAGAACGCUCAAGAACGCGGCUUGCUGUUCGGCUACGAGCGCAAACGUCAAUUAUCCAUGAGUGUUGAUAUUAAUGAAGAUGAUUUAAUGAAAUGGAACUGUGAACUGGAAAAGAGAGCUGCUCAAUAUAUUAAAAAAUGUCGCAUUGCGAAAAUUCCAAGAACCAAUGGAACACUCGUUGGGAGCGUUUACUCUCAUUUCUUUAACGAAUCAAUAGUUGACAAAUUAUUCCAUCCAGCAUUAUAUACAACUGCAUACCAUGAAAACGUUGGACUAAGCGAUGAAGAAUGGAAGUAUGUCGCUGAAGUUGGUUGCUCCCAAAUUUUUUGUCGAAUGACCCAUGGAGAUAAUAAAGGAAUGCUUGUGAAAUUCGCUGCUUGCUUUUACAAACUUCGAUCACCACUAACAGUCGGCAUGGCUAAUCAAAAAUCGGCGAUUCCACCAACAGCAACCACCGCACCAACAAUCGCUGCGUUACCAGAAUUAACAAUAGUGCCUUUUACAUUACCAUUCACUGAAUGUUUGGAUUCUGUAAUUUCGACUAAUACUAAAGAUAAAAUCAUCAACCGAUACAAUUGGUUCCGAAAACUAAUUAAAUAUGCCAUCUCGGAAGCUGGUGGAAUAAUUUCUGACCAAACUGACGACAUUGGAUUUAAAUGGAAUUGCUUUUUGGAAUUAUCCGCAACGCAAAGUGCAAGACAAUGCAAUUUUACUCACUCGAAAGAACCUUCGCCUCUUGGCGAAAGUCGAAAAAUUCUUUUGAGAAGCGAUCGUCAAAAAAUUUUUUGGGAAACCAGAAAAUUAUCGCCUAACGAAUCAUUAAUAUUAGAAGCAGUUGAGUCGUGGUGGAGCAGUGGGUCUUGGAGCCAUUUCUCGUAUUUCGAGCAUUUAUCGCCUCACGAAUUAUCGGAAAAUUAUGAUUUCUUCACUCAGUUGGUGAAUAUGGAAACAACUUACAUUGGCUGCGGAAUUGGAUAUUGCCCUGCGCACCACAUGGGACUGAACAUGCAUGCAAUCGUGUGUCAAUAUUUUCCAGGAAUUGAACGAAAUUCAAGCAAAUUUAUGGAAAUAUGGAGAGUCUUGCGAACUUAUGAAGAACAAAUCCGUGAUGUAAUUCAAGAGCACUCGUGA